CCUUCUUCAAUGAUUCGCAUAUUUCAAAAUAAUGUAUUUUUAUGUAGUAAAUUUUAGAAUUUGUUUAAACUAAUCUAAAUAAAAGUGAAAAUUACUGGUUUGUAAGGCAAAAUUUACUUAUACUUCUUAUUCAUGACUUUUCAGUCGCAGUUUAAAUUUUUAUAUUUUUUAACAUUUUAACUAAUAUUUUUAGCAACAUUUGUUCAUUAUGGAAGCCUUAGCCCUUUGGAUAGUUCCGUGCUGCCAUCUAUAACAAAAAAAAGUUUCUGACUUCUUAAAAGUAGUUGUUAUUAUCUAUGCAAAGAUGGCUACUGACGAAAAAAAGUCUGUUAGAGGUACCGACAUCUCAAAAAGAGCAGAGGUCAUUAGGAAUUGGGAAGAUUUUCUGAACAAGUACAUGGGUAUUUGCAAUGCUGAUGAAUAUGAUGAAGUUAAAAAUCCCAAUGGAUACAUCAAUCUUGGUACAGCAGUCAAUAAUAUGUGCCGUGAUAUUAUUGUCCCUAGACUAACUAGUCCUCAUGUGUGGGAGUGCAAUUUGGAUUUGUUACAAUAUAGAGAAGGCUAUGGCAUUUUGAAGUUAAGGAAGGCUUUAGCUACUGUUAUGACUGAAUUUCUAUGUACACAUGAGCCUGUUGAUCCUGAAGAUUUGAUUUGUGUUGUUGGAGUAACAGCCUGUCUUGAUAUUCUUGCUCAUUGUCUUGCUGAUCCUGGAGAGGUAAUUCUUGCCCCUACUCCAAUAUACGGACGGAUUUAUACAGACUUCAUGCAGAGAGCUGAAGUGAAAUUAUGGCCAAUUCCUAUUAUCAGCAAAGAAAACGACGAACUUUCUCCUAUCUUAAAUAUAGAGAAAGUGAAAAAAGCAUAUGAGGAUGCAAUCUCUCAGAAACAAGUUGUAAAGGCACUCAUAUUAUUAAAUCCAAGCAAUCCACUUGGAGAUAUCUAUAGCUCUGAACUACUUAUGGAUAUAUUUACAUUUUGUAAUGAGCAUGAUUUGCAUGUGAUUAUGGACGAGGUUUAUGCACUUUCCAUUUUUAAUGGAUCUCCUGAAUUUCAUAGUGCUUUGAAAUUCCCUACAUUACCUAACAAGAAUAAAUUGCAUGUUCUUUAUGGUAUUAGCAAGGAUUUUGGUAUUGCGGGAUUAAGAAUAGGGGCCAUACAUACUCGAUGCAAGCCAUUAAAAAACUGUUUAAGACAGCUAUCUUUCUUUCACGACAUCCCUUUUCCAGUUAUGGAUAUCGCUGCAAAAUUUCUGGAGGACUUAGAUUGGUUGAAAAAGUAUCUUUCAAUAAACAGACAAAGAAUCACUGAUAAAUUCAAGGAAAGUCUCGAUUAUUGUAGAAGAAUGGGACUCAAUGUCCGUGCCUCUGCUGGAGGAUUCUUCCUUUGGCUGGAUUUUCGCCCUAUUUGUGGAUCCAGUUCUUUUGAGCAGGAAAGAGAUUUCUUCCUUUAUCUUAUAGAAAAAGCUCACUUAUACAUUGUACCAGGAGAAGAAUUAUUUUGUGCCCAACCUGGAUGGUUUAGGCUUACAUUUACUGCUAACCCAGAUCAUGUCAAUGCAGGAUUAAAAAGACUUGAAGAAGCAAUAAAAAAUUAUUCCAAGAAAGUGUAGCUCAUUUAACUGUAGUCUUAAAAUUGGUUUAUGAUGCUUUCUUCAAAAUCUACAGCAAUGGGAGUUUGUCCAUAUUGUUCAAGAAAAUAUUUUUUUUUCAUCUGUAAAAUAUAAUGAAAUAAAGCAAAUAUAUUUCAUUGUAAUUAAGGAAUCAAUUUGGAAAGCAUAUUUGUCAGGAAUCUGUAACUGUGUUUAUCUUGCCUGAAUUAAACAUUAAGCUAAUAUUGUAAAU